GUCCACUCAACAGGACUUCUAACUCGUCUCUCUUCGACCAUCGUUGUUACUUCGCCAAUUCGCCCUUCUACCUCGCCGACGGUGUAGGGGCGCCGCAUGGUCCUUGGUUAUCCCCUCCCCGCCUUGAUUUUCUUAUCCGACCUUUACGCCUACUUCAACAGCUCCCAAUCUCGACACGAUGGCGGCCUCCAGCGACUCGUCUUCGAUCAAUGUCUCCGUCCGAGUGAGACCUUUCACCAUCCGUGAAGCGGCCCAGAUCUCGAAAUGCGAGGAUGGCCCCUUGUUUCUCGGGGACGGCUCUUUGGCCGGUGCCCCCACCCCCAAACUGAACCAGAAAGGAAUUCGAUCGAUUAUCAAGGUGAUCGAUGAUCGAUGCUUAGUAUUCGACCCCCCUGAAGACAGCCCAGUGCAAAAGUUUUCCAAAAGCGUCGUCCCUCAAGGCAAGCGUGUGAAGGAUCAGACCUUCGCUUUCGACCGGAUCUUCGACCAGAGUACCUCGCAGGGAGAGGUGUACGAAUCGACUACCCGAAACCUUCUCGAUAGUGUCCUCGACGGUUAUAAUGCCACCGUCUUUGCGUACGGUGCGACCGGAUGUGGAAAAACCCACACGAUCACCGGUACGGCUCAGCAACCAGGAAUCAUCUUCCUUACGAUGCAGGAGCUUUUCGAGCGGAUCGAAGAGAGAUCCGAUGAAAAACACACCGAAGUCAGCUUGUCAUAUCUCGAAAUCUACAACGAGACCAUCCGUGACCUUCUCGUGCCAGGAGGUAGCAAAGGGGGCCUGAUGCUGCGCGAAGAUACCAACAAAUCCGUUUCCGUUUCUGGGUUGUCGAGCCACCAUCCCCAGAGCGUGCAGCAGGUUAUGGAUAUGAUCAUGAAAGGCAACGAGUGCCGCACCAUGUCACCCACCGAGGCGAAUGCCACUUCUUCACGAUCCCACGCCGUUCUGCAGAUCAACAUCGCCCAAAAGGACCGCAACGCCGACAUCAACGAGCCGCAUACGAUGGCGACGUUCAGUAUUAUCGAUCUGGCGGGAAGCGAGCGAGCCAGCGCCACGAAGAACCGGGGUGAAAGGCUGAUGGAAGGUGCAAACAUCAACAAAUCUCUCCUGGCGCUGGGAAGCUGUAUCAACGCUCUUUGCGAUCCCCGGAAGCGGAACCAUGUGCCCUACAGAAACUCAAAACUCACCCGCCUGUUGAAGUUCUCGCUCGGCGGCAACUGUAAAACGGUGAUGAUCGUUUGUGUCAGUCCAUCGAGUCAGCAUUUCGACGAGACCCAAAACACCUUGCGUUAUGCGAACAGAGCGAAGAACAUCCAAACAAAAGUUACGAGAAAUGUAUUCAAUGUCAACCGUCAUGUUAAGGACUUCCUGGUGAAGAUCGACGAGCAGAUGGCCCUGAUCAAUCAACUGAAAGCCCAACAGAAGGACAGUGAGAGAGUCGCCUUCGCUAAAUUCAAAAAACAAACUGAGAAGAAGGACCAAGCCGUGCGCGACGGGAUUUCUCGGAUUCGCACUGCCUAUGACCACUCGUUGCCGGAGAGGCAGGAAAGGACGAACAAUAUGAUUAAAUUAAAGCAAGUGAGCCGCAGGAUCGGCAUGCUAUCGUCAUGGAUCGCUGCCUUCGACAACGUGUGCGAGAAUUCAGAGCUCGAACCGCCACUGUCGAACCUCCAGGCCAUCCGCAAGACGGCCCAGGGAAUUCUCUUGGAGCUCGAGGGCAGCCGCCAGCACUACCACCAACGGCUGGCGAAGAGCAGCUGGGACCGAGGUCUAAACUCCGCUGUCGAGAAUGCCAUUCGUCAACUCCAGGAUUUCGACAUCAGCGACAAGAGCGACCACGCCAAUCUGCAGCGUGAGGCAGAACUUCUGAGGUCGAACACGGAACGUGAGGCGCUCUCUGCAGUGGCCGAGCAAGAUAAGGCCGGGGAGGCAGCCACUGUGCAGAUCCUCCUGCAAGCUCAAUUCGAGACGGUCUCUGCUGUCGAGAACAUCAUGCAAUUGAACGAGGACGAAGCUGUUGACGAAGGGAAGAAGAUUCUGACGAAGAUGCUCACUUCCUGCUCCAACGUGACGGCCAGUGUUGUGAAACCGGACGGCAACCCCCCGUCUAUACAAGCCGUCAGCCCUUCCAAGGUCAGCUCUCCCAAGAAGAAGCGACCCAGCUUGGCCCAUGUUCCAGCCGGCAAGACCCUCAGCGCGCCUAUCACUUUUACGCCGGCAGCGCCGCCCUCGCCUUCAAAGGGCUCUCCCCGACGCCGCAAGAUGGGUGGUGUUGGACGAAAGAGCGUCAGUUUCUCGCCCAAAAAGUCGGUGGCCAAAUCAACGAAGCGAGGCGUCCGCUGGAAGGACGAUGAGGAAGACGGCACCUUGACGGAAUUCCAAAAGACACCCCAGAAGCUGGGAGCCGCACUUGCUCUUCCCGAGGGAAGCCCUGCCGAGCCUUCGUUGCCCAGAACGUCUCCCAUCCCGCGUGGAAUCCCCGUGCCCACGCGAAACUUCAGCCCCCAGUACGCUUCAUCGCCGAUUUCCGCGGCCCCGGAACCAACCUUGAAUAUCCAAAAAAACGCCAACCGUUUCAAGGCCGGAUUCCUCUCAAAAAAGACAAGCAGCUCCCCAAUUGCACCUCCUCCGUCAACGACGCUACCCCUGUCCGACAACGAAAAUUCUCCUCUCCGCGACAUCGAAGGUAGCAGCUUCUUGAAUCGCGCAUCUGUCGACCGUCCGUCGAGAAUUGCAGUUCGCACCUCGAGCGGAGGCUAUAGCAGCAGCCCCGUCUCAGACAGUAAGGACAGCUGGAAGGCAAACAAGGAUGAUGCGAUGCGAAUCAAUUCGGCGAUGCGGCGUAUCUCUGGAGGGCAGUUCGGACCCGGGCCUUCCGCCAACACUCUUCGCGUUCAUCGUCGACGAAGCCCGGGGUCUGCUACGUACGGCAGCUCGCCCCCUGAAAACACCAUGUUCACGGCGCAAGCGAGACGAGUCGCUAAGAACGAGAAAGAGGCCGAGGCCAAACCCCGUGUCUUGAGUCCUCGCACUAUCCCCAUCAUGAAAAACACCGGCCAUCGUCGAACGACGUUCGGAGGGGAUAUGCGACCCCGGGACAUCAGCCUCAACAGCCGAGAAGCCAUCAGACUCAGCGUUAUGGCGACGCCUCGACUGGAGAGGUCCUCGGAAAACACCUAUCCUGGCUCUGGUAUCGGAUUGCGGUAAACUUUACGUCGUUAUUUCUGCUGAAUUUUCUGGGUCGUUUGGGUAAUUGGAACGGUGUUUCGGGAAGUCAGAUACCAUUUGCUUUUUUGCACCCUUUUGCCAGGAGUGAAUCGUCUGGGUCUGGUUAUCCCGUUUUACUCCUUGGUUUGUCUCUGUUGCCUUUGAGGAUGCGCGAUUCAUACACCUUACAUUGGAAACGUGUCGUGGCUUUCAUUUUCUCUUCGAUGUUGAUGUUUCUUUUUUGUAUUGUAUGGCAUAUAUUAGGGUUCUCGG